ACCUUCUGCGACUGCUCAAAUCUACAGCUGACACGAGUUCCCGUCAUCCGUUUGUCCAAUGUCAUCACCGGACUUGACCUACACAAGAAUUUCAUCGCGCAUCUUCCCAACUGCAGUUUCUGCGACUACCCUCAACUGACCUACCUAGACAUGUCCCAAAACAAACUAGAUUCACUACACAAAGGAUCGUUUGAAACGCUUCGGCUUCUAGAGUUCUUGAACCUGCAGAGCAAUAAUCUAACAUUCACCAACGGCACGUUUCCCGAAGGGGUUUUCGGAGAUCUGAGCUCUCUGAAGGUGCUCAAGUUAAACAACAACACGAGAUCCCCAUACGACCUCGGCUACGACUACCCGGACGAGGCUCUGGCCGAGCUCACCAGCCUACAGGUGCUGUACAUGGACGGGCUCAACCGCCAAGCCUUCGGGCCCGGAUUCGCCAAGAUGACGUCUUUGCGAAGCUUGAAUCUCUCGGGGUACGCUGAAGGGAGCUGCACGCUUGUCGCCUUGAGGAACGACACGUUUCAGCAUUUGGGUCAACUGACACAGCUCGAUCUCAGCACGUGCAGAAUCCACGGUUGGCGCGUCGAGCCCGGUGCUCUCCUGCCCCUAAAAAAUCUCCAAGUUCUUGAUGUCAGCUACAAUUUCAAGCUCGGGUUCUACGAAUUUAUGCGGGCGAUGUUCGAGGUGAGGAACUCGAACCUCGUUUCGUUGAAAAUGAACUCGAUCGUUUCGAUAUACUCGCUGGCGAUUACCGUCAACAAAAGCAUGGUUGAGAGUCUGCCCCGGUCACUUCAGUACCUCGAAGCCAAAGGGAACAGUUUUGAGACGAUCGAACCGGGGCUUCUUCAACUCGUACCGGAGAAUUUGAGCUACCUUGAUCUGGGGGGUAAUAGGCUUGUAUACGGCCUAUAUUUAAACGACCUGCCACUUCUAGAAAAUUUAGAAAUUUUAAGGCUCAAAGGAGUCAAUAUGUUGCUGAAGUUACCAACAUUCGGACCGUAUUUAUCCGAAUGGCAUUUAACCAGUUCACCAGAACAGGAGGGAGUGUCUGAUCUAAAAGCAGGCCCGGAGCCACUGGUUAUCCAGUUGCCGCCAAGGUUGAGGACGAUUGACAUGAGUGUCUCCGGAUUAAAUUACAUCCUAUCACGCCUGGUCAUGAACCCAGAGAACUCACUGAAAACCUUGUUUCUAAAUGCUAAUCAUUUCCCAGUCAUGCUUGGGCCCUUUAUCGGCUUCGAAAAGCUCGAGGUUCUGGACUUAAGUCUUACGUCCGCGCGAACGCUUAAAAAGCAAUUUUUCAAACAUUUUACAAGUCUUCGGCGCCUCAUGUUGAGUCAAAACGCUUUGGGAGAAUUUUUUGCGCGUUCUAAGCCCAAUUCACAAAUCUUCAGCGAUCUAAGAAAUCUUACCGCCCUUGACCUUUCUAAGAACUUGAUUAAUUCUUUUCCCGAUGACCUCUUAGCGGGACUGACGCAGCUUACGACCCUGAACAUGGAAAUAAAUGAAAUGUGGAAUUUCGACUUGCAGAUCAGCCACAUGGAAAAUCUGAGUCUGCUGAACCUCAGCCACUCGCAGCUGAGUCAUCUGCCCAAUCACGUGAUCACACACAUCAACAGCCUGGUCGAGGGACGCGUCAACAUCACGGUGGACCUGUCCAGCAAUCCUGUAAAGUGUGACUGCAACAACCUGGAUUUUAUCCAAUGGAUGGUGGACUCACCGGCGUUUGAUCCCAAAUUCAUCAACUACAUGUGCCAGUAUCCGGACUCCUCUUAUAAAAGAAUCGUCGAUUCGUAUGCUGAAACACUGCAUGAUUUGCACAGGAUCUGCGCCUUAAACUUUCCCGUCUUCAUCGCCGCGAUCGGUGCGACGUUCUUCAUGCUGAGUUUUGUGGUAGGAGCGAUCAUUUACAGGUGA